CCUCUGAAAAUGAUUUAGGGGGGGACUAUGUCACUCAACCUCAUUUACUGGACCAAAUCUGGAGGGAGAAACCCCUGAGUUAGGUGGCCCAGGGGAUUGUCCCCAAGUGGGGGGGGAGCAGGGGAGAAAAAAUAGUAGCCAUUUUUACAUUGUUUUGUAUAGUAUUUAUUGAUUCAGGAAACAAACAAAAUUCUGAAUAAAAUUACUUGGAAACUGCCUGUUUGGGCUUCUCAUUUCUUCCCCUUCCCACCUGCUAUGGGGUAUAUAUUUCCCCUACCAGCUAACCUUCUGUUGUUGCUUUGUUAUAAUGGUCAGUUAGAGUAACGGACUAGUGUGACCCUUCUGUAAGGGGUUGGGCAAUCACCAUCACAAGUGCCUCACAUGUCUCAGUCAAGAGGAAGUGAUGGAGGGGAAAAUGGAACUGGUCACCUGGUUUUUACAUUGAAUAUUUUCUCUGCAAACUACGGAGGGGCUGCUUUUCAACUGCUUCUGUAAUCACUUGCCUCAUCUGGGGUUUUGCUUAGGUAAACCAAUGAGUCCCCAAGGAUCAACUCUAAAACUCCCAAUUCAUUCUCCCCCAUGACAAUCUUAAUCCUGACAACUUCCACUUUGGUGAAGCCAGUGUCAAUCGUCUUCAUGGCAAAAGUGUGAUGACUCAGAGAUAGGUCACGGGCUGAGGUGCUUGAGUCAGGUUGGGGGGGUAGGGUUGUCUUAGUUACAGGAAGUCAAAAACUUUCAUUUCCUCCUUUUCCAAAAGAAGACGGGGAGGGUAGACUGAGCAGCUGGUACUGACAACUGAGAACUCCGCUGUUCUGCCAUGCAGCUUGCUGUGUUUUUCUUGGGGGCCUUGCUAGGUCUACUAGCAGCCCACGGGACAGGGAAUGACUGUCCUCAUAAAAAAUCUGCUACUCUGCUGCCAUCCUUCACGGUGACACCUACGGCUACAGAAAGCACAACAAGUCCUGGAACAACCAGCCACAGAACCACCAAGAGCCAAAGAACCACCACCAGAGGCACUAGCCAUGGACCCACAACAGCUACUCACAAUCCUGUCACCACAAGCCAUGGACCCACAACGGCUACUCACAAUCCGGUCACCACGACAAGCCAUGGAAAUGCCACAAUUCAUCCAACAACAAGCAAUAGCACUACUACCAGUCCAGGAUCCCCAACCAGUUCCCCCCACCCAAGACCACCUCCACCCUCUCCAAGUCCUAGCCCAGGCUCCAAGGCAGCUGUAGGAGACUACACUUGGGCUAAUGGUUCCCUGCCUUGUGUCCAUCUCCAAGCCCAGAUUCGGAUUCGAGUUCUGUACCCAACUCAAAGUGGAAGAGAGGCCUGGGGCAUCUCUGUACUAAACCCCAACAAAACCAAGGCCCAAGGAGGCUGUGAGGGUGCCCAUCCCCACUUGCUUCUCUCAUUCCCCUAUGGACAGCUCAGCUUUGGAUUCAAGCAGGAACCAUUGCAGAGCACUGUUUACCUGAACUACAUGGCUGUGGAGUACAAUGUGUCUUUCCCGCAAGCAACACAGUGGACAUUCUCAGUUCAGAAUUCAUCCCUUCGGGAACUCCAAGCCCCUUUGGGCCAGAGCUUCAGUUGCAGAAAUGCAAGCAUCAUUCUUUCACCAGCUUUCCACCUUGACCUGCUCUUCCUGAGGCUACAAGCGGCUCACCUACCCCCUACAGGGGCCUUUGGGCCAAGUUUCUCUUGUCCCAGUGACCGAUCCGUAUUGCUGCCUCUUAUCAUCGGUCUGAUCGCCCUCUGCCUCCUCACCUUGGUGUUUGUUAUCUUUUGCAUCUUCCGGAGACGUCCACCCACCUACCAGCCCCUCUGAGCAUUUGUCCCAACACCCAGGGCACCAC